GCUUCGCCAUCUCCCUCCCUUUCCUCACCCAUCGCGAAAGGGGAAGCGCGCCGCCACUCGCUCCCUCCCUCGCCAUCGACGCUCCCUCUCUCUUAUGCUAUAUUGCCUUCGCCGGGCCCUCCCCGUUCUACGCUUCUCCUUCUCCUCCUCCCCUCCUCCUCUUCCCUUUCUCGCUCUACGCCUCCUCUCCUCCUCCCGAUCCCUAGCGACCUCCGCCAUGGGCGACAACCACGCCGCCGCUGCGGCGGCGCCGGCCGAUCCGGCGGAGCCCAAGGCGAAGACGCCGGCGCCGGCGCCGGCGAGCUGCAGGGAUGAGGCAUACCUCGACGCCGUCAUCCAGAAGCGCAUCCGCCUCUUCGAGGCGAUCCAGGCCAAGCAGGCCGCCGAGCGCCAGAGCAUCGGCGGAGAUCCCAUCAAGAUAACAUUGCCUGAUGGGGCAGUAAAGGAGGGCAAAAAGUGGAUAACAUCUCCCAUGGACAUUGCGAAGGAGAUAUCUAGUGGUUUGGCUGCUAGUGCUCUAAUUGCUCAGGUUGACGGAACAUUAUGGGAUAUGACUCGUCCCUUAGAAGGCGAUUGUGAACUGAAACUGUUCAAGUUUGAUAGCAAUGAAGGACGAGACACCUUCUGGCAUUCCAGCGCUCACAUCCUUGGGGAGUCUGUUGAAUUGGAGUAUGGAUGCAAACUGUGUAUUGGGCCGUGCACUACUAGAGGGGAGGGUUUCUACUAUGAUGCAUUCUACAAUGAUAUCACAUUGAAUGAGGAGCAUUUUAGUCGCAUAGAAUCUCAGGCUAAAAAGGCAGUUGCAGAAAAGCAACCUUUUGAGCGCAUUGAAGUUUCAAGGGAGCAAGCUCUUGAAAUUUUUGCAGAAAAUAAGUUUAAGGUUGAAAUCAUUAAUGACUUGCCAAGCGACAAGACAAUCACUGUGUAUAGGUGUGGCCCCUUAGUUGACCUUUGUCGUGGGCCACAUAUCCCUAAUACAUCAUUUGUGAAAGCAUUUUCUUGUUUAAGGGCUUCUUCCUCUUAUUGGAGGGGAAAGGCGGAUCGGGAGAGCUUGCAAAGAGUUUAUGGGAUAUCCUUUCCUGAUGAAAAACGUCUCAAGGAAUACAAACGUAUGCUAGAGGAAGCCAAGAAAUAUGAUCAUAGGAUAUUAGGACAGGCUCAAGAGCUUUUCUUCUUCCAUCCCCUCAGUCCAGGGAGCUGUUUCUUCCUUCCAUAUGGUGCAAGAAUAUAUAAUAAGUUGAUAGAUUUUUUGAGAGCACAGUAUAGAGACAGAGGCUAUCAAGAGGUCGUGACACCAAACAUUUACAAUAUGCAACUAUGGGAAACGUCAGGGCACGCUGCAAACUACAAGGAGAACAUGUUUGUUUUUGAGAUAGAGAAACAGGAAUUUGGCCUUAAGCCAAUGAAUUGUCCUGGCCACAGUUUAAUGUUCGAGCACAGGGUUCGCUCAUAUAGAGAAUUGCCUCUCCGGCUGGCAGAUUUUGGCGUUUUGCAUAGAAAUGAACUUAGUGGCGCACUUUCUGGUUUGACACGUGUUCGAAGGUUUCAGCAGGAUGAUGCUCAUAUAUUCUGUAGGGAGAGUCAGAUAAAAGAUGAAGUUAUUGGGGUAUUGGAGUUCAUCAAUUACACUUACGGUAUUUUUGGAUUUACAUUUGAGUUGGAAUUAUCAACUAGACCGGAGAAAUUCUUGGGGGAUAUUGAAACAUGGGAGAAAGCCGAGGCUGCUCUGGCAGAUGCUCUUAAUGAAUUUAACAGGCCAUGGAAGAUCAAUGAGGGAGAUGGUGCAUUUUAUGGACCUAAAAUUGAUAUUGGUGUUUUUGAUGCAUUGAAGAGAAAAUUUCAAUGUGCUACUUUGCAGCUGGAUUUUCAGCUUCCUCUUCGUUUCAAACUCACCUACUCUGCAGAGGACGAAGCGAAACUUGAAAGACCUGUGAUGAUACACAGGGCCAUCCUAGGAUCUGUUGAGAGGAUGCUUGCAAUUCUCUUGGAACAUUAUAAGGGAAAAUGGCCAUUUUGGCUUAGCCCUCGACAGGCCAUAGUUUGCUCUAUUUCUGCGUAUAGUCAAGAAUAUGCAAAACAGGUGCAUGCCCAGAUACAUGCUGCUGGAUACUACGUUGAUAUUGAUUUAUCAGAUAGGACGAUUCAGAAGAAGGUGAGGGAAGCUCAGCUAGCUCAAUACAACUAUAUAUUGGUUGUUGGCGCCCAGGAAGCAGAAACUCAACAGUUAAGUGUUAGAAUCAGAGAUAAGGCAGAUCACUGUGUUAUGAGCGUCCCGGCUCUCCUCGACCGCUUUAAGGAAGUAGCAGCAGCUUACAAAUAGAAAAUAAAUUUUUUUUAGUCGGGUAAGUGUUAGAAUCAGAGAUAAGGCAGAUCACUGUGUUAUGAGCGUCCCCGCUCUCCUCGACCGCUAUAAGGAAGAAGCAGCAGCUUACAAAUAGAAAAUAAAUUUUUUUUUUAUUGGGCAUUUAUAUUACAUAAUCUUUUGUAAACUGCGUGUUAUACUUUCUAGCACCUUGUUCUGUAGCGCCCGGUUGUUUCAUCGCAUCCUUUUUGGAAUUAAAACCUCUCCCUACUUGUAGAACUAACAAGUGAUCUCUUAAUUGAGCAAGUAAGUAUUAUACAAUUUUUAUGCUC